AUCUCGGCAGCGACAACCUCAUACGCGCGUGUACGUAACAAAUGUUUGCCCCGCAUUCAUGCUCGGUCUAGCCACAAUAUCCUACAAACGUCCGUUCCCUCAUGAUCCUCAUCGAUUCUGCGACCUGCCUAAAGGAGCAUUAAAGCCCGUUGACGAUCCAAUCAGCCAUUUUCAAUUUGCCUCCUCUUCCCUGCGUAGUGGACUCGUCAGGAGACUGUCGUGGCACAACAUCGUCAUCGCUCUCAUUCUCUCUCAAGUCUCAACUCUCUUGGCCCCCUGAAAUCAUCAUCACCUUUCCAGCAACUCAACACACAAACAUUGCCUCCAUCACCAUCAACUCAUUGAACUUUGAAAGCCUCUGUGUCUAAAGACAACUCACUCAACUCUGCAUUGCUUCUCAACACUCAUCAAUCACCCCUAGUCAAAAACGAGUCAUCAUACAUGAGCCCUCAUCACCGUAGCCGAGGGCCUCUUUCAUUCCCGGCCGCCCUAACAAUCGGCGCCGUCAUCGUACUCACACUCUACUUUUACUCUCCGCUGCAAUUCUUCACAAUGGCCUCUGACUCCUCAUCCUUCCUCGACAACCUCGAGGUGAGCCUGUCUCAGUCUGGCACGUCGCCCCCAAAGGUCUCAGUGUCCGUCAAGAACACACACCCGGACACGCCCGUGACGCUCCUGAAAUGGAACUCCCCGCUUGACCCCGCCGUCCUCGGUCUGGGCCAGGUGUCCAUCCAACCCGCCGGGGCCUCCGAGCCGAUCAAGACCCACGCCAUCAUGAUCAACCGCAAGAUGCCGCCCGGCGCCGAGUCGCUCGUUACAUUGCGACCUGGUGAAAGCGCGGAUCAGGUUGUUGAGCUUCGCGAGCCAAGAGUGCCGGGAGAUGUGUGGGAGGCAGGCAAGGCCAAGGUAGCGAUGAAGGGAAGAUGGAUGGCUGUCUGGCCUCGUAUGACUACGGAAGAGGUCUUGCAGAGCCCAGAAAAGUUGACGUCUGUCGGUGCUGGUGCAGGGUCAUUGAUAGGGGAGUGGGAGACGGAGAACAUUGAGGUUGGAAACUGAUUAUUGAUUUGUUUUUUUUCGGGAGGUUUGGAAGUAUCUAUCACAUAACUACUGCUGAAUACUGUUCGAUGGUGUUUUGAGGGAAUUGCCGUCACAUAGAUCCUGAAAUUCUGAAAUGCCAUAGGCGAGAGAAUGAAACAACUCAAGUUGUAGUCAUUCAGACUCUGGAUAUGUAUGGUCUAUUGAGCACCGCUUUGUAUUUAAGCAGUUACGAGUGAGGGACUCGGGAGACGCGCGCCGCGAACGAGUCCUACUUUUAUGUGAGGCACAUAGUGACCAUGAUAUCGGUCGAAUGGGAUGUAGCUGGUUUUCUCCACUCCUUUUAGAGACAUUUCUGCUGCGCUGAGAUGGUC